CUAGGUCUACCUACACUGCACACACACACACACACACACACACACACAUGCACCUUUCCCACCUCUCGCGACCACCCCCCAAGGUUUGCCGUGGCGAGGCGGCACGUGCCAUCGGCUAGCUUUGCCCACUGGUAUCCCUCGUAUAAUCCCCCACGCCCCGGAAUCCCCUCAUACCAUAUCUUCUGUAGAUUAAUCCCUUGACCUCAUGUGCUCUCCAUGUUCCCCUCACAGAUCACCGUCAUCUGUUCCGUCCGGAUUCGUACCUAAUUAGCACACUCCCCACCUCUCCUCCACGCACCCGCCGCCUCGACCAUGGCGCAAGAGAAGGAGAUAGGCAUAGUCGGUGGUGUCACUGCUAGUCUAGGCAUACUGAUGACCAUGGCUGCCUUUCUUGCCAUCUCCUUGUACAAUGUCAUCGAGACCAUGUUCCUGAUCUUUGCCGUCUUCAAGCAACGCACAGGACUGUACUUUUGGAGCUUCUUCAUUGCAACCUUCGGCAUCGCUCCUCACGCUAUUGGCUUCGUCCUCAAGUUCUUCCAAGUCACCAAGAUAGACCUGUUGUCAAGCGCCAUCAUUGGUAUCGGUUGGGCAUGCAUGGUCAUUGGACAAUCAGUCGUCCUGUAUUCGCGUCUCCAUCUGGUUGUUCGGGACAAGGCCCGGAUUCGCUGGGUCUUGUACAUGAUCAUCUUCACUGGCGUCGUCCUUGGCGUCCCACUGUUCACCCUAGCCAUGGGCGCCAAUUCCAAGCAUUCCGCUCGCUUCCUCCCCAGCUUCUUGAUUUACGACAAGAUACAACUUGUCGUCAUAGUCGUCCAGGAAACAAUCAUAUCCCUGAUUUACAUCUACGAGACGGUCCUCCUGCUGGGUGGCCAUGACGGCAAGGCUCCGGAGCCCAUCAAGAAGCUCCUCAGGCAUCUCAUCAUCAUCAACGUCAUCGUCCUAAUCUUCGACAUUACCCUUCUCGCCGUCCAAUUCUCAGGUCACUACCAAAUCCAAACAACCUACAAGACGGCCGUGUAUAGCGUCAAGCUCAAAAUCGAGUUUUCAGUUCUCAACCGUCUCGUCAGCAUCGUCAAGCACAAAGACCUCCUCAGCAACCGAAGGACGCUCGGCACCAAUUCCCUCAAUCUCAGCAGAUGGACUGAGUGUAAGAAGUCGCACCCCGACACAGGUGACAACAACACCGGCCCUUUCACCAAAAUGGACGAGCUCAGCUUAAGAUGCCAGAGUAGAAAGGAGUCUGUAAAGACGUUUGAAGCAAGUGUCGAUCACAUUGGACUCAUCGGCCCGGGAGACGGUAGUACACCGGAUUUAGAAUUGGGGACGGGCCAGUUGUUAGCGCCUGAAAAGGCAAAGUCGAUAAAGCUUACACAACGGCUGCGAUGAUACAGGAAAUUUGAUUGAGAGCGUCUUUGGUAAAAAAAAAAAAUUACUACAUGGUAAAAUUUAUUCCAACUUGUAAUAAAAAUAAUCGUCAAGGCACCCCAGAUAGUAUGAUGUCAGCAUUUCACUACCAUGGACUUUUGAUCCUACUCGAUGCUUGUUGACUCAUGAUGGAUAUUUUGUACUUUGAUCUCAUCCUUCCAUGCUCGAUACAUUGAGCAGCGUACGAUGCCGCUGACAGCGACUGUUUCGUACAAGCAAGAGGCAUAAAGUAUUACGCAUUUAUACUGAAACUGGGAAUCGCAUCAUUUGUUGCGAACACAUUGCUUUCUUAGCCUUCUCUUUCAUACGCGGUAUGCCUGAGUGAUCGC